AUUUAAGCAAAAUGAUAUCCUUCAAAAUUUCUGCGCCCGGCAAAGUGAUUCUUUUUGGUGAACAUGCAGUCGUUUAUGGAAAAACUGCUCUGGCAGCCAGUGUUAAUCUUCGCAGCCAUCUAUAUUUUUCGGAGCUUGCAUCUUCAUCGGAAAAUCACGUUCACAUAGAUAUGCCCUUGGUAUCUUUAAACAAGAAAGUGCCAUUAUCAUUGAUACGCUCGAAUCUUCUAGCUCCUGAUUUUCCAAUUCUAUCGAUCGUUGGACACGACAUAUUUUACGAUAAAAUCGAAGCUUUCGUUAAGCUUUUGGAGUGUGCAGAUCCACGUCAGUUCCACAGCCUCUUGUGUUUAUUCUAUGCUUUGACUCAAACAGUACAAGACCGAGGAUUAACAGUCAAACCAUUCAAGAUAAAACUUGAGACGGAGUUACCGAUCGGCGCAGGUGCUGGUAGUUCUGCUUCCUUCGCCGUCUGCUUGACUGCAGCCUUCAUUCAAUGGGCUCGACUUCAAUCUCCAGAAGCCGAUGCUGCGUCGCUGUCUUCCUUCGAUUUUGAAACUCUUGGUCAAGUGUCGACUCACGCCUACAACUGCGAGAAGAUAAUGCACGGCCGGCCGUCCGGCAUAGACAAUAGUGUCUGUACAUAUGGUGCUGUUAUUCAGUUUCAACGUAACGAACCAAUCAAGUGUCGCACACUCGGUGAUAAACAGUUUCGUGCUUUGCUUGUUGAUACCAAAGUUGGUCGUAGUACCAAAGAUCUCGUUGCGCGGCUUGCUCAAUUAAAGAGCUCUUAUCCACAAAUUUUCGAUAAAGUUAUCAAUGCAAUCGACGAAGUUUCACUUUGCGCGAUCGAUUUAUUUCACAGAAUGGAGAGCUUGGAUGAGUGUUCGGACCGUAUGGAAAUAGAAUGCAAAGAAUUGAUGAAUUUAAUUCAUAUCAAUCAAGGACUUCUGAACACUUGCCAAGUAUCUCAUGCUUCUCUCGACACCAUCUGUAUAAUAGCUAGAAAUCAUGGAUUAGCCGCGAAACUUACAGGCGCUGGUGGCGGUGGAUUCGCGUAUGUUCUUAUACCGCCUUAUGAAUCUCACGAUAAAGUGCAGAAAUUAAACUCUGAACUUGUAUCUAAUGGUUUUUCUGUUACCGAAACAAUUCUAGGAGGUUCGGGUGUACAAAUUCACUCUGUUUAAUAUAUUUAUAAGAUAUAUGUUGGAUGCAAAAUUUAGAAGCUUAACAUUUUGUAUAAUAUUUUUUUAUUGUUCUUAAUUUUUUGCACAAGUUCUGGUGUUUGUAUUUUAAUUUUUAAAAUUAUGUUUACAUUUAUUAAGAUAAAAAAAUACCUUUUUACAAACAGUUUCAUUUUUGUACAAUUUCCUUUAAAAUUCCAAAUCUCUAGAAUUCAUACCUUAAUUGAAUUUUCAUUAUAGUUUUUUAGAUUGAUCAAUUAAUUUUUGUCUAUUUUAUUUGUUUUA